GAAUAGACAGUCGAUUCUUUAACGAGCCUGGUUUAUAGCACCGAUACACGCAAAGCCGUCUUUCCUGGAAAGAACCAGUAAUGGCCUCUUAGCUAAGUGGGAGACACUCAAGAGCAUCUCCGAAGUGAAUCCGACGCAUUUUUAAUUUUGACGCACCGAAUUUCUUGGCAGGGCCUCUGAGCGGCUUAAAAGUAAGCCAUGAGAAAUUUGCAUCGUUCUAUAUAGAUAACAGAGAGUUUUAAACGAAUGUAGGCAAUAUUUUGUCCGCAUGAUCAGCAGUUGGGGAAAACAGAACUGUUACUCUUAAAUCUUCCUUGUAGCCAUUUACUAAUAAGUAUUUGUUACACACCAUUUUUACGCAAACAUUGCAUUUCUUACGCGCGGGCAGUUUUGAAACUUGGACCAAAACCUCACCGAAAGUUUCUACUUUAUGCAAAAGAUAGCACACUAGACAGACUUUGCUAACUUGUGGCUCUAUGAAUACUAACUGAAUUUUUAACAACGAGUUGAAAAAGUCUGUAGGCAGUGGAUAAAAAAAUCAGGGAACAAAUAGCAAGUAGAGAUUAGCAAAAUGGCGAUGGCAUAUAGUAAUUAUCAAACGUAAGUCGAACACGAAUGUUCCGUUCUGUUUAGUUCAGCUAAUAUCUACAUUUUAUAUGACAUGACUGAUAACAAAAUAAAGCAUUGUACAUGGAAAAGAUAAGAUCUGAAACGUGCUUUUUGGAAGAAACGGCAGUGUUUAAGCAAAUUAUUAAAAAAUGUUACUGAUCCAGGUAUUAUUGAGUGUGUUUGUAUUCUCGUGUGUGUCUUGUGCCACAGCAGACUUUCGGAAUCCCAUUGAUUCCAUGGAAACUUCAAUCGGAAUUAGCACUGAAACUCUCAUAAAAACUGUAACUGAUAUGGCAAACAAAAUUAAAACUCUGGAAGCCAAAGUUGAAAAGCUUGAACGCCUGGAAGAUAAGAUAGCUUACCUAGAGGAAACGAUGAUGCUGAAAAAUGAGAAAAUCGCCAAAAUGGAACGUGUGGUGAAAGCACUGAUCACUGAACCGUGUAAUAAUUCAGAAAGCAAAGACUCAACAGAACCAACAGACACCUCCAAUUCAAAAGAUAGACAUGAUGUUCAGCUUCACACUAAGGACAAGCACAGAGGUAUACGACAGAUAGAAACGGUAGGGUUUUCGACUGUGUUAACAAACCAUCUCCAACACCUAGGAAAGAAACUAGUUAUAAAGUUUAACAAAAUCCUAAAGAAUGACGGAAAUGGUUAUGAUCCAAACACGGGUUUCUUUGCUGCUCCAUUAACUGGUACAUACCUGUUUAUUUACAACUUUGGACACCACAGCACAGGCGAAACAUGGCUCGAACUCGUGAAAAAUGGUGUUGCUCAAAACAGUGCGGCAGUUGAAGGCCAUUUUGGAGGUCAGAAUCUCCAGGGUGGAAAUGCGGCAAUUAUACAUCUUAACCAAGGGGAUAGAGUAUGGGUGGAAACUUACCUGGUUUCUGACGUAAGCCUUCAUGCCCAAACCACAACGUUUUCAGGUGUUUUUCUGUACUGAAUAUGAAUUUUUUAAUAAGAUCAUAGUACAUGUAUAUCAGAAAAUUGUACAUCUAUUGUGUAUUCAUUGAAACGAUAAAAAUAUUCAGUUGAGAUUCCAAUAAAAGAGAUAUAUUGUCAAAACGC